UUUUAUCAUUUGUAAUUUUUACUUGCCGGAUACAGAUUAUAAAGAAAUUUACAGAUUGAACUUUAAAGACAUCUUCAUACUGCAAAUGUUUAACACAGGCUACUGAACUUAUCAAUUACAUAUCUUGAGAAAUUUUAUUUGUUCUAACGUUAAAAUGAACGCCUUAUUACAAGGUUUGAGAAAUUUAGCGAUCCAUACUGCAAGGACAGACACGCCACGAUUUAUGGCUAGUCUAAAUCAAAUGCACAAGACUGGUCCCCACAAAAAACCAAUGUUUAAGAGAAAUCCGUUGGGCGAUAAUCCAUUUUUGAAAGGAGUCGUUCUAAAAACUCUAAUAAGAAAACCAAAAAAACCAAAUUCAGCAAACCGUAAAUGUGUUUUGGUUAGACUAAGUAAUGGCAAGGAAAUGAUUGCAUAUAUACCUGGUGAAGGGCAUAAUCUUCAAGAACAUAAUGUGGUGUUAGUACGUAAUGGUCGGUGUAAGGACUUGCCCGGUGUGAAAGUAACAUGUGUGAGAGGAAAAUACGACUUGCCUCAUGUUGUAAAAAAGACUCAAAUGAAUUCUUAGGAUUUGGUAAUACAAUGUUACACAAUUUUUUUUAGAUGUUAGUACUUGUAAAUUUAUAAAUAAACUUAUGUUUUCAAAA